AUGAACCUGAAAUCUGAACGCAGAGGAAUUCACGUUGAUCAGUCAGAGCUACUGUGCAAGAAGGGAUGUGGUUACUAUGGCAAUCCUGCUUGGCAGGGAUUUUGCUCCAAGUGCUGGAGAGAGGAAUACCAUAAGGCCAGGCAGAAACAGAUUCAAGAGGAUUGGGAGCUGGCAGAGCGGCUUCAGCGUGAGGAGGAAGAAGCGUAUGCCAGCAGUCAGAGUACCCAAGGGGCACAGUCGCUGACCUUUUCAAAAUUUGAAGAAAAGAAAACCAAUGAGAAAACGCGAAAGGUCACUACUGUGAAGAAGUUCUUCACUGCUUCUUCCAGAACAGGAGCUAAGAAGGUGGCUCAAGAGAAAAUCGUUAAGCAAGGACAGCUUGGGAGGGAGCGAAAUGCUGAUAACAUUCUCAGGGAUUUGAAGGAGAUUUUUACUCCCUCCUGGGAACUGGCUUCCCCUACUGAAGUGUUGGCUGGCAAGUUGAAAGAGAUCCAAGAAGCCAAAGCUCCCAGCCCUUCUAUAAACAGGCAGGCUAGCGUCGAGACAGAUCGAGUAUCCAAGGAAUUCAUAGAAUUUCUCAAGACAUAUCAUAAACCUGGACAAGAUAUCUAUAAGCAAUGUAAACUAUUUUUGGACGCAAUGAAUCAUAAAAGGGACUUAAGUAUUGAGGAGCAAUCUGAAUGUGCCCAGGACUUCUAUCAAAAUGUAGCAGAGAAACUACAGACACGUUGGAAAGUGCCACCUGAAAAAGUUGAGAAAGCAAUGGAUCAGAUUGAAAAAUACAUCAUGACUCGACAGUAUAAAUAUGUCUUUUGCCCUGAAACAACCGAUGAUGAGAAGAAAGAUCUUGCUGUCCAAAAGAGAAUCAGGGCUUUGCAUUGGGUAACUCCACAAAUGCUGUGUGUUCCUGUCAAUGAAGAAAUUCCAGAAGUCUCUGAUAUGGUUGUAAAAGCAAUUACAGAUAUUAUCGAAAUGGAUUCAAAGCGUGUCCCUCGUGAUAAAUUAGCAUGCAUCACCAAGUGCAGCAAGCAUAUAUUUAAUGCUAUUAAAAUCACAAAAAAUGAACCAGCUUCUGCUGAUGACUUUCUCCCAACACUUAUAUACAUAGUUUUGAAGGGAAACCCACCCCGCCUGCAGUCUAACAUCCAGUACAUAACACGAUUCUGUAACCCAAGCAGGUUAAUGACAGGAGAAGACGGCUACUAUUUUACCAAUCUGUGCUGUGCUGUGGCCUUCAUUGAAAAACUGGAUGCUCAGUCUUUAAAUCUAAGCCAAGAAGAUUUCGAUCGUUUUAUGACUGGUCAGACAUCCCCGAAGAAGCAAGAAUCUGACAGUUUUUCACCUGAUGUGUGCCUGGGUGUUAAGCAAAUGUAUAAAAACUUAGACCUCCUGUCGCAGUUGAAUGAGAGACAGGAAAGAAUUGUCAAUGAAGCCAAGAAGCUUGAGAAAGACCUAAUAGAUUGGACUGAUGGAAUUACAAAGGAAGUCCAAGAUAUUGUUGAGAAAUAUCCAUUAGAAAUAAAACCAAAAAAUCAAGCCUUAGCAGCUAUAGACUCUGAAAAUGUGGAGAAUGACAAGCUGCCCCCACCACUGCAGCCUCAGGUUUAUGCAGGAUAAGGAGCAUCGUUAUCCUCACCUGGUACUAUCUGCUACUUGGGAAGGAAAGCAAAUUUAAGCUUACAAAUCAGAUGAGUUUAAAUCAGUACAUUUUUAAAGGUACUUUUUUUUUUUGUUAAGUGUAAUGAAUUGUAUUUAUUUUAGUCAAGUAGAUUUCUAUUAGGCUUUUGUGGGUUUUUGAACUGAAUUUAAAUUUUCUACACAAACCGGUGUAAUUUUUAAGCAGCACUAGUCCAUUGACAUCUUUCCUGA